AUGCCAACGCCCCUGACCCCGAAGAGGGAAAUUUGCGAUAGGAAUGAAGCGCAACUGGCAGAUGAACGGAAAGGUGGCGAGAACCAUGCUGAUGAAGGCUUUCCCACUAUCCUUGAAAUGGCGCCGAAGAAUCCGGAUAGGGUACUUCGCGUUGGAAGCUUGGCUCAGCGUCGGAACCAAACGCCUCCGCCUCCAAUAAAUACAAUCACGGAGGUGCAACAGUCCCAUAUCCAUCACUCCAGACAAGAGUCGAUUUCUGGCUUAGAGAUCUUGCCCGAAAAACAGCCCUCAGAAAAGAAGAAACCUGAAGAGGGCGAUCGGCCCGGACCUGGAAGCAGUGGUUACAUGUGUUCUGGGAAGACCGAGCAUACAAUGUAUACAACUGACUAUGAGAGUCCGGGGCAACAAGUAAACAGGGCUAUUCUCGACAUGUACAAUUCGUGGUCAAAUAUUCGAGCCCCGAACGCUCGUCCAGAGUACCCAAAGAGACAUCAGAGUCUUAUGAAAGGACAAAAAAGAUCUCAAAGUACACCCGACCCCAUAGAUUCGUGUAGCGCCCCAUCACCAGCGUCAGAUGAGGCCUUUUCCGGGGUGACUCGGCAUGAGGUUCCACAACAUCUGACCGGAGUGAUUGAACCGAGUCCACAGUUCUCACCAUUACCUCUUUACUUCCGGGGACAAAACUUCCCUUCAACAAGGAAAGGUGAGAAGACCAUGAUUGGCCAAAAUGGGUGGCUAGAGUGCACAGGCAAAGCCGACAACGAUGAGAAGAAGCCGCAAGUAAAGAAACUUGGUUUUUUCCUAAACAGCAUCAAGAAAAUCGCAAAGGACGUGACAGCGGAGCUGAACACGUCGAAUAGACGAUCAAAUCUCUCAUCGCCAGAUUUGACGAACUCAUCCCCUGUUACUAUAUCCUUGGAUGCUCGAGAGCAAAGUUUACUCUACUGUGAAUUGGAGUUUCACUUAACUUCUGCCAUGAACGGUUAUAUCACCGCUGAAUUCGAAAAGGGGCAUUUGCUACCUGACAAUCUCAAAAAGACAUCAGACGCCUGGAUCCAACAAGGCCGGCCAAGAGUAAUCAGCUUUCGUUACGACCUGGAAACCCAGCUAGAGUUGGUAGCCUUACACCUGAAGGAAUUCAACUUUUACGGACGACGACAAAAUAACCCGGCAGAGAUAAUAGGCCUUCUUCACUCCAUGAAGGUGAAUGCUCGUGCUAUGCGUGUUCGCACCUUCUGCCAACCAGACUCCGUUAUUGCGAAGCAGUUAAUCGACUCUCAAUCUCUGUUUAACAUGCUGAACGUUUCUAACGCUCAACAGCUAGCCCUGGCCGAAAUAGGUCGGUUUUUCAGAAUGAUUGUCGAGAGGGAGUGUGCAAAGCAUGAGCCUGUAGGGAGACACACUAGGUCAACCAUUCCUGGGAGUACUGGUUGGCAGAACAGCCAUCAUGCAGAUUUGCGACGAUGA